AUGCCCACGACCACAACCACAACCCUCGCCAAAACAGCUCUCCCCAAACUCCCCUCCAAACUCCCCCCCAAAACCAGCCUCCCCCUCCCUCCCCCCCUCCAAACCUCCUCCCGCGGCACCCCCUUCGAACGCGCCGUCUGGGCCCUCACCUAUCAAAUCCCCCCCGGCUCCUUCAGCACCUACGCCCUACUCGCCGCCCACCUCAAGUCCUCCCCGCGC